GAGGACUACGGCUCCCAGCAGGCUUUGCUGGCUCCUCUCCCCUCGAGCCCGAGCUUUGCGAGGGGUUGAUGUAAUGCGGUGAAGUCACAAAGGCUCUGGGGGCGGCGAAGUGUGGUGGGGCUCGCAAGAGGCUGCCGGAGCUGAAGGGGCAAAGGAGCGGCCGCUUUGUCUGGUUGCUGCCCGCAGGGAGCCCCGCAGUCCCCGCGCGGGCUGCGAGCCCCAGCCCGGCGCUCUGCACAAGCGGUUCGGCCGCGGCCGAUUGCUGUUUUUGCAGGAGAAGCGGGACAACGCAGGAUCGCUGCUUUCCCGAAGCCCCCGCCCCAUGACCUGCUGAGGGUGGGCCGGGCGUUUGCGGUCCCUGCCUCGCUGACGGCUGGAUGCAUUAGGCACGCGGGUUGCAGCUCGCCCUUCAGCAUCCCUCCCACCGCUCCGAGAUGGCCGACCCCGCCGAAUGCAGCAUCAAAGUCAUGUGCCGGUUCCGGCCCCUCAACGAGGCGGAGAUCCUCCGGGGGGACAAAUUCAUCCCCAAGUUCAAAGGCGAGGAGACGGUGGUGAUCGGGCAGGCAAAACCGUAUGUCUUUGAUAGAGUGUUACCACCAAACACGACCCAGGAACAAGUUUAUAAUGCCUGUGCCAAGCAGAUUGUUAAAGAUGUUCUUGAAGGCUACAAUGGAACAAUUUUUGCUUAUGGACAGACAUCUUCAGGAAAAACACAUACUAUGGAGGGGAAGCUGCACGACCAUCAGCUAAUGGGAAUAAUUCCAAGAAUUGCACAUGACAUCUUUGAUCACAUCUAUUCCAUGGAUGAAAACCUGGAGUUUCACAUAAAGGUUUCUUACUUUGAAAUUUACAUGGACAAAAUAAGGGACUUACUUGAUGUGUCAAAGACGAACCUUGCAGUACAUGAAGAUAAAAACAGAGUUCCAUAUGUAAAGGGCUGCACAGAGAGGUUUGUCUCUAGUCCUGAAGAAGUUAUGGAUGUCAUUGAUGAAGGGAAAGCAAACCGCCAUGUAGCUGUUACAAAUAUGAAUGAACACAGUUCUAGAAGCCACAGUAUCUUCCUGAUUAAUAUUAAACAAGAGAAUAUAGAAACUGAAAAGAAACUCAGUGGAAAGCUUUAUCUGGUGGACUUGGCUGGAAGUGAGAAGGUCAGCAAAACUGGAGCAGAGGGCUCUGUUCUUGAUGAAGCUAAAAAUAUCAAUAAGUCUUUGUCUGCUCUGGGCAACGUGAUCUCAGCCUUGGCAGAGGGAACUAAAACCCGAGACAGCAAAAUGACCCGAAUUCUUCAAGACUCCCUAGGUGGGAACUGCAGAACUACCAUUGUUAUCUGCUGUUCUCCCUCCAUUUUCAAUGAAGCAGAAACCAAGUCUACCCUAAUGUUUGGACAAAGAGCCAAGACUAUUAAGAACACAGUUUCUGUGAAUCUAGAGCUGACUGCAGAAGAGUGGAAGAAAAAAUAUGAAAAGGAAAAAGACAAAAACAAGAGUUUGAAGAAUGUUAUCCAGCAUCUGGAGAUGGAACUGAAUAGGUGGAGAAAUGGAGAAGCAGUGCCAGAGGAUGAGCAGAUCAGUGCUAAGGAGCAGAAAAAUCUGGAGCCAUGUGACAACACACCCAUCAUUGACAACAUUGCACCUGUUGUUGCCAGCAUCUCAACUGAGGAGAAGCAGAAAUACGAUGAAGAGAUUACCAGUCUCUACAGACAGCUGGAUGAUAAGGAUGAUGAAAUCAACCAGCAGAGCCAGUUGGCUGAGAAACUAAAACAACAAAUGUUGGAUCAAGAUGAGCUUUUGGCUUCCACUAGAAGAGAUUAUGAGAAGAUCCAGGAGGAACUGACUCGUCUGCAGAUUGAAAAUGAAGCUGCAAAAGAUGAGGUGAAAGAGGUUCUUCAGGCCCUGGAGGAAUUAGCUGUCAAUUAUGACCAGAAAUCACAAGAAGUGGAGGACAAGACCCGAGCCAAUGAACAGCUGGCUGAUGAACUGUCACAGAAAACAACAACUUUAACGGCCACCCAACGAGAGCUGGGUCAGUUGCAGGAACUCAGUAAUCAUCAGAAAAAGAGAGCUACAGAGAUCCUGAACUUACUGCUUAAAGAUCUGGGAGAGAUUGGAGGAAUCAUUGGUACCAAUGAUGUUAAAACGUUAGCAGAUGUGAACGGGGUAAUCGAGGAGGAGUUCACCAUGGCACGGCUGUAUAUCAGUAAGAUGAAAUCUGAGGUGAAAUCUCUGGUGAACCGCAGCAAGCAGCUGGAGAGUGCCCAGAUAGACUCCAACAGGAAGAUGAAUGCCAGUGAGAGGGAACUUGCAGCCUGCCAGCUCCUCAUCUCACAACAUGAAGCAAAGAUUAAGUCCCUUACAGACUACAUGCAAAAUAUGGAACAGAAGAGAAGGCACCUAGAAGAGUCACAAGACUCGCUUAAUGAAGAACUGGCCAAGUUGCGUGCUCAAGAAAAAAUGCAUGAAGUCAGCUUCCAGGAUAAAGAGAAGGAGCAUCUGACCCUGCUUCAGGAUGCAGAGGAAAUGAAGAAAGCGCUGGAGCAGCAGAUGGAGAGUCACAGGGAAGCCCACCAGAAACAGCUGUCUAGGCUACGAGAUGAGAUUGAAGAGAAGCAGAAAAUCAUUGAUGAAAUCAGAGAUAUGAACCAGAAGCUGCAAUUGGAACAAGAAAAAUUGAGCUCUGAUUAUGAUAAAUUGAAAAUAGAGGAUCAGGAAAGAGAAAUGAAACUGGAAAAGCUAAUACUGCUUAAUGAUAAAAGGGAACAAGCAAGAGAAGAUCUUAAAGGGCUGGAGGAAACUGUGGCAAGAGAACUUCAGACCCUCCACAACCUACGAAAACUCUUUGUUCAAGACCUCACCACUCGAGUCAAAAAAAGUGUCGAACUGGACAGCGAUGAUGCAGGAGGAAGUGCUGCUCAGAAGCAGAAAAUUUCCUUUCUUGAGAACAACCUGGAGCAGCUUACAAAGGUUCACAAACAGUUGGUACGUGAUAAUGCAGAUCUUCGUUGUGAGCUUCCUAAGCUGGAAAAACGACUUCGAGCUACAGCAGAGAGAGUUAAGACUCUGGAGAGUGCACUGAAGGAAGCCAAGGAGAACGCCAUGCGGGACCGCAAACGCUACCAGCAGGAGGUAGAUCGCAUUAAAGAGGCUGUAAGAGCCAAGAACAUGGCAAGGAGAGCACACUCUGCUCAGAUUGCCAAGCCUAUCCGUCCUGGCCAUUACCCAGCAUCUUCUCCAACAGCUGUUCAUGCUAUCCGAGGAGGAGGAGGAAUGUCAAACUCCAGUUACUACCAGAACAUGAAAUAAACAGUGAGUCAGGCUCCACGUAGCAUGUUAAAAGACAGGCAUUAAUUCACUGAUAUUUUUUUUCUUCUUCAACCUGCUCUGCGUCCUGUUCAUCAUGUACUUUCUACAGCCAUCUGCAGUGCACUCUUUUCAAAUAAUUUGAGCUUCAUAGAAUCUCCAUGUGUACAGAAGUGUGUUCAGCUCAGCUCUUCUUUGGAAACAUACAAUAUCUGUAACAUAUCCAUCUAAGUAACAAUAGAAGGUCUGCCAUUAAAAAUAUUUCCAUUGACUUCAUAUUACCCCUUGGCGCUGAUUAAGUUGGGGCUUCUCUGCUGGCAUUGAUGCUGUUUGAAAUACUCUGUGGCAUCAGUAAAUCCUGACUUCUGGCAUCAAAGAGUUAAUCAUUCAUCAACCAAGUGCCAUCAAAGGCAGUUGAUUGUGUUCUGUCAUGACUGAUUUACUGUAUAAUAUACAUAUUUUUAGGGGAUGAAAAUGUGCUGCUAUAUUAUUAAAAUAAUUUAAACACAUUUUCUGAAGUAAAUGUCCCCAAAGAAGCAUUUUUAAUAUCCUGGUAAAAUCUUUGGACCUGUAUAAAAAUAUUCUUUACUAUCAUACCUAUUAAUGAUCAUACGAUGGAAUGGAGAGAAAUCUGUUAGUAUAGCAUUACAUUUUGAAGUUCAGUGGUCACAAAACUAUCUCAACAUCUGAUCUGCUUGUAAUUCUGCCUAUGAUGAGAUGAAUAUUCCCUGAAUUUGAUAGCCAUGAGUUUAUAAGCAUUGUUCAUCAUGAAAUUCUGAAAGUUUUCAAAAUGCUGCAGAAAUCUUGUUUGGGAAAAAAAGUGAGAUGCUUCCCGCUCCCAUCAUGUUUCUGGCAAGCCCUGAUAUGCUCAUACUGGAAUUCAGAAAUGGGAGCUAAUAGUCUCUUGGGUACCUAGAGAAAAUUCUAUUGAGUGCUCCUAAGAGAGCAUGGGGGUACAUACUUCAAUUGUGCUGUGCAAAAAGAAUUUAUGAAGAUGGCACAUGUUAAUACAGCAUUGUGCAAGGGCAAAGAAUGUAAAUAAUACAUUUGUACUGAAACUUGAUAAUAUGCAAGUCUGCCUCUGGAUAGCUUUAGCUCAUUCAACCAAUAAUGAGACUACUUGCCUUUUUUGGAUUCUCUUUUAGUGCCAGAUACGAAGUUUCCAUCUUCACAGCAGGGAGGACUGGAAUCACCAUGGAAAAGCUAGGUUAGCAGGCCAAAGUCAAAGCUGUUACAUUGGAUACCUACUGCUUUUGUUUUACAUGUGCAUAUCAAACUAUGUCUUAAAGCUGUAUAUAUUUCAAGAGGACUAAAGCAAAAGUAUACUCCUUUAGUCUUGGUUGCUGCUGUUUGUUUUUUUUAACGUUAGGGUUAGUUUUGGGGUUCUGAAUGUGUUGUGUGUGUUGGUAGACAUAUAUUUAAAAAUAUUUAACCUGCUAUAGAGAAUAUCUAAAGAUUCUGAAUUGACUUCAGACAUUUUUUUCCUACAGAAAUUAUUUAGAAAGCUUUCAAUUAUAGCACAGUAAGUUGGAUUUAAUUUAUUUUUUGUAAAUGUUGCACUAUUCUGGGGAGCAUUUUGUUAAAAGUAUUUAAAGACUGCAAAUUUGCAUUUAAUUUAUUUGUAUUUUCCUAGGUUUCAUUUCUUUUAUUUUUCUUUAAAUAUGUGCACAGGCACCAUCAGGAAAAUGAACUGUGAACUUGUCAUAUGCGAUUUCCAGUAAUGGGACUAUUUCAAAGUUACCCUGUUCUAUCUUGAUAGCUGUGUAUAGCUAAAAUUUGUAUAUUUAACAAAGUAUCAACACUUUUUUCGUCUUUUGUUUCUAAAACCAUUAUCUGAGUGGGAUGCCAACUAUGAAUUAUUAUCAAACAUUCUGUAUUUUUUCUUCAUACACUGAAGUCAUAUAACCGGACUACUGUAGAAUAUGUUUUUCCUGUGUCAUUGAUUUGAAAUCUGUCACACAGCUAUAUUUAAAAAUUGCUUCUAGCUUAAAACAAAGCCCAGGUUCCACAUUAGAACAAAAAGCAAAAUCAUCCUAUUAUGCAUAACAGUUUAGAUAGAUAGUUAUCUUCAGUUUCAUUGAUAAGUUAGCUCUGAUGUCUCUUAGAUAAUCAUGCUAGUGCUGAUCAGCCAGUCAGUCCAUCUAGCUUGAUCACUAAAGCACCUCAGAGUUAACUUUUAGAUAACUUUGUCACUGAAAUGCUGAAGAGUAUAUUAUACUGUAAUCCUCAAAGUGGAGGACUGAAAAUUUAUAUAAUUUGAACUCAUGAAUGUGUUGCUAUAAUUUAUGCUGCUGCUAGUACUUCCAUUCUUAAGACUAUUUUAGGUAAGGGUUUAAUUUCAUUCAACAUUUUUGUACUACUUUUUACAGUAUCUUAUAUAUUUUAUACACAAAUGGAAACCACACCUCUGCUACUACAGUUCAAAAGUCUGUAUUUUGCUAUUUCAUUAAUGCUGUUGUGCUUCCUUGGUAUUGGCCGCCCCAAGCACCUGCUUCUUUAGCUGGUGCCUGGAGCCAGCCCUGCUUUUUCUUUCCUUUUUGAAUGUCAUGUUUCAUAUUUAUUCUAAAUGUUUGCUUGCAAGGAAACUGAUUUAAAUAAUUUAGAUUAAAUUUCAUAUGUAAAACUGUACACAGAACAAGUUUUACUAAGAUAAUGGAGAUGCUUUCAUGGAUUGACUUGCAAUAUGAAACUAAAGUGCACAUUUUUCAUUUUGCUACUAAUUAACAGCAUGUUCUGCUCAGUUGUUUUUUUACUAAUGAGUUCUAUUAUCUUGUGUUUUAUCCUCAAAUUCAUCUUUUAUUUAUUGAAAUGUGUUUUUGGUUUUGCUGAAAGUAAGGAUCCUGGCUGAUAUGUGCAACCAAGUGUGUAUGUCACCAAACAAGGGUGAGAAUAGAUUAUCCUGAAUGUAUUGGAAACUUUUAAAAAUAGAUUCUUAACUAUGUUAAUGUCUGUCUACAACAGACUUCUGAGUGACUUUUUUAAACUUAAAUUUAUGAAGAACCAGGAUUAACAUACCUUGCAGUUCUCAGGUAAAUUUGUAACUGUAGAAUAUGUGAAAUAGUGCAAUCCUGAUCAAUUCACUAAAUAUGAACAAAUCUCUAACUAAACCAAAUCAGUCUUUGGAUUCCAUAUAUCUGAAAGGAAUAAGUAUUGAGGAUUGUGGCUUCAUACAAUAGCGUGAAUGUAAUUUUCCUUGGGGGGACAGCAAGGAUGGGACAAUAACUUUUUAUAAUAUAAAGUAGAUACCCAUGACAAGAAAGGGAAUCAUUAAAUCAUACUAGCAGGAUAAUCUUAAUUGACCUUUGCUAUGAUAUUUUUGCUUUAAGGACUUUGUGUGUUUUUCAGUUCAUAAAUAUCUGCUAAACAAACACAGAAACAACACUUCAGAGUCUGUCUUAAACAACUUUGUCCGUCAAUUUGAAAUACUUGUCAUUUCAGGAGGACUAUGGGGACUGAGGCGUUCUGUAGAAUUAUACGUGUCUAGUUUGUAAAGUGUGUAAUGUGUACUGCAGAUGUGUAUUUUCUGGGCUCUGUGUAUCUGUACAGUAGCGUUCAUUUUAGGAAAAAUUAAACUGUGGACACAUUUUGGUGGUAACAAGGGGAAUAAAUUGCUACUACAGCAAAUGAUGCUGUAAUGUAUUAAACUCUUAACAGCAGAUCUGAACCCCUCUCCCCUUUCCAUGGGUAAAUCUUUUAAUCUUGGUUCUAAAAUACUAUCUAUUAAAGAUGUAUGGACACUAGCAGACUGCAUGAUGUAUCAUUUAAAAACUGUUGAAGUGGAAAAAAACUUGAAUUAAACUUU